AUGGUGCAGGAAAUAAUUAUGGAGGGUGAUGAGAAGCUGCAAGCUUUGAAGGCUGAACUGGGUGUGAAGGCACACGAUGUGGUGGUCAAGGCCCUCCUUGAGAUGAACGAGUAUAAUCCAAGCGGCAGGUACCCCAUACCAGAGCUGUGGAACUUCAGGGAGGACCAGAGAGCACCAAUGGGCGAGGCAGUAGCCUACAUAGUGAAGCGGUGGAAGGCGAACAAGAAGAAGCACACCUACUACUGA